AUGUCAAUUAUUAGCAAUAUAGAAAUUGAUAAGAAAUUUUUUGACUUUUACGAAGGAGACAAGAAUGUUCAUUUCUGCAAAGAAUACGAAGCGUUUUUAUGUUUAUGUGAUAAUAACUUAUAUUGUUUUAAGAUAGAUGAAGAAAAAACUUCCAAGUAUUCAAGUUUAUAUGAUAUUUUAUACCCAACGUGUAUAUUAGAAUCUUGUGUGGAUAUAGAUGAUAUAAAAGAGAAUUAUCAGAAAAAAUAUUUAAAUAAACGUUGUAUAUCAUUAUUUAGUUCUAUUAGGUAUUAUUAUUAUUGCGAUAAUAAUGUAUUUUUAUCAACAGAUGAUAAUAAUAUACAUCAUUAUGUACUAGUAUAUAAUAAUAAUAACAUAAAAGGGAAUGGUACAUAUGAUGAUGAUAUAAAAAAUGGUGAAGGAGUAAAUAAUAAUAAUAAUAGAGAUAUUUAUUUAUAUGAAAGAAAAGAAGAUAUUGAAGGGGGAGGUAAUGGAAAUGCUUAUUCUUAUAGUUAUAAUUGGAUUUAUUUGGAAAAAAAAAAAAUAUGGAAAUCAGAGAAUAUUGUUGUAUCAUGUUUUUAUUAUAAAGAUUAUGAUGAUGAUUAUAAAAAAUUAAUUGUUGGAUAUAAUAAUGGUUUAAUAAAUGUAUAUAAUAUAAAUACGUAUAAAUUGAAAAUAUCUUAUAAAAUACAUAAUACUAGGAUUACAAAUCUUAAGUUUUAUAAGAAUUUCAUUAUAAGUUCUGAUGUUACAAAAAAUAUAUAUAUAUAUGAUAUUAUAAAAAGAGAGAGGAUAAUAACAUGUGAAGAUCAUAUGGGUGGUAUAAUUGAUCUUCUUUUUUUGGAGGUCCCUAAUGGGAAAAAUGAAAAUAAGGCACAACAAAUUGAAGUUAACAAAGAUGGUAUUAUGAUUAAUGAAGAGGAUGAUAAUAUUAGCAAUGAUGAAAGUAACAAUGAUAGCGAUAUUGGUAUUAUUGAUAAUAAUAAUAAUAAUAAUAAUCAUUAUGAUGAUGAAAAAAAAAAGUUACAUGAGAAGAGUGAAGAAAAAUUAAUAGGUUUUAUAAGUAUCGGGAAUGAUAAAAUUAUGAAUAUUUGGGAUUUGAAUAUUCUUAAUUCAUAUAAUGAAGAAGAUAUGAAUAAUCUUAUUAGUAACAAUAACGUGAGUAAAAAAAAAAAAAAUAAAUCAAACAAAUUUAAUAAAAAUAAUAAUUUAUUGAAAUUUAAUCCUAUAAAACAAUUUUACCUAAGUAGUGAUAUUAAUCAUGCUAUCAUUAUACCAUCCAUAAUUUUUCAAAAUGAAAAUAAUGAUGAAAAAAAAAAAAAAAAAAAAAAAUUUAUCAUUACAGAUGAAAAUAUUAAAUGGUUAAUAUUAACUCAUGAUAAUCAUGGAAACCUUCUUUUUUAUAAUCCAAUAAAAGGAGAUGUAAUAUAUAAAUAUAAAGAGAAUAUAAAUACUAUUAAUCCAAGUAAUAUAAGUAAAUUUUUCUUAUUAAAAUAUUUUUUAUAUAUAUUUAGAGAAGAUAGUUCUUUGUUAAUUUAUGAUAUAAGAUACUUUAAAUUAUUAAAAAAUUAUAUAUGUAAAUUAGAAGGAAUUUUUGAAAUCCUAUUUUUUAAUCCUAAUUCUGAACAACUCACAUGUGAUCAAAAAUGUUCUAUACAUAAGAAGCAUGCAGAUGAAGAUGACGAAGAAGAAGAUAUGUUAUAUAAGACAUCAAAUGGUGAAAAGACAAAAGAAAAAAAAUGUGUAAUUUUAUUAGGUGAUAAUAUUAUAAGAAUAUUAAGAUUUAAAAAUAAUUUAAUAAGUCAAAGGUUAUUAAUAGGUCAUGAAGAUAUUGUAUCAUGUAUAAAAUUAAAUGAAAAAAAUUUACUAUUAUUUAGUGCUUCGAAUGACAAAAAUAUAUUUAUAUGGAGUUUGAGAAAUUAUUAUUGCUUAUAUAUACUAAAAGAUAAUUUAUAUCCAAUUAAUGCAAUAGAUAUUAAUAUAAAGCAUUUUCCAUCCAUAACAUUAGUGAGUGUAUGUGAAGAUAGUAGUUUGAGAUUAUGGAGAUGUACAAUCGAUGAGGAGAAAUUAAAGAAAAAUAAAAGUAAUAAUAAAAAAAGGAAACUUGAAGAUAUUUUUGAUAAUAAGGAAUCUGUUCAAAGUACAUUGACAAUAUAUCCUCACAAGGUUCUUAUUAAUGACAUCGCUAUAUCUCCCAAUUGUAAACUUGUUGCCACAUGCAGUAAGGACAAAACUGUAAAACUUUUUGAAACACAAAACUUAAAGCUCAUUCAUAUUUUAGAAGGUCAUAAAAAAUCUGUUCAGAAUGUGUAUUUUUCCAAGAAUGAUAAUAUCCUAUACAGUAACUCAUAUGAAUGUGUACGAAUAUGGAGUCUUAACAAUUUUGAAUGUUUGAAAAGUAUACAAAGUUUGGAUUUCAACAUUACUAGAGUAUUAAUAUUAAAUGAUAGUUGUAUGAUAAAUGGAUAUAGUAAUGGUAAUAUAAGUAUAAUAAAUAUAAAGAAUUGUGAAAAGUUACUAACAACAAAUUAUCAUAAAGAUAAAAUAUUUUGUCUACAAAGUUAUGAAGAUGAAAAUAAAAAUAAUAAUAUUAUAUCUGCUUCAAUAAAUGGAGAACUUAUAUUUUUUAAAGACAUUAGUGAUAAAAUAAUUACGGAACAUGUUUUUGAAAAAAGAAAGAAUAUUUUUUAUGAAAACUGUUUAGAAAAUUUGUUAAAGGAAAAAAAAAUAAAUGAGUCUUUAUUAAUUUGUUUAAAGUUAGAUAAAAAAUUUAAAUUUAAAACUAUUGUAGAGAACUAUUUAAAUUAUUAUACUUUUUCAAUAUUAAAUAUAUUGAAAAAAUAUCAACAUGAGUAUGGUAUUAAACAGCUCAUAAAUAAGGAUAAACAAAUAAAUAAUAAUGAUAUAAUUAAUAAUAAUAUAAUUAAGAAAGAACAGAAUUUUAGUCAAAUGAAAAAUCUAAAUAAUAAUACAUUAACAGAAUCAUCUAUCGAUACUCAGACAUCUAUUAAUAUUAAAGAAGCAAAUCAAAAUAUUGUGACUAACAAAGUAGAUUAUAAUAAUAUGGAUAAUAAUAAUUUUUAUAAUAUUUUUGAAAAUUCCGAUUUCUUAGAAAGUUACAUUUUUAAAGAAUUAUCAUAUAUGCAAAAAAAAGGUUUAUCUGAAGAAGCCAUGGAUGAUCAAAAUGUGAAGGAGACCGAAAUAAAUAAAAGUACUAAUGUGGAUAAUAAAAAGGAUGAAAAAAAUGAUCCAUCAGUUAAACAUACAAACAGUAAUGAUUGUAAUGAUAGUAAUGAUAGUAAUGAUAAUGAUUAUAAUUCAAAGGAAGAUGAUAAUUUUGUUUUGUUUUUAAAAAAAAUGAAAAAAAAAAGUGAACAUUCUUAUUUCUUAUAUUUAAAUAAACUUAUGGAAUUUAUUACAUUUUUUGUGGUUAAUCAUAGAUGUGCUUACAUAUCCAAUUUCCUUUUAAAUAGUAUAAUUAAAUAUAUCGAUCAUGAAGAUAUUUGCAAAAUUAAUAACUAUCAAUAUUUUUUUGAGGUAUAUAAUAGUUAUAUACCCCGUCAUAAAAACAGGUAUGUGAAAUCUUUGCAAAAAUCCAAAUGUUUUGAGCUUAUUAAUAUUAAUUACUACAAGGGAGACAUAAAAAUGAUGAGUUGA